CGACGCGCUCGCACGGCCCGGGUGCGCGCUCCGGACUGUUGUUCCCCUCUCGCCUUCCCCACAGCCGCCUCGCGGAUCGGAGUCGCGACUUCGCGCGCCGCACCAUUCGUCAAGGAAUAUUUCAACCAGCGACAUCGAAGGAUGAUUACGAUCAAGCCCCGACGCUGACAAGGAGAUCUGGCGCCCAUGGCUGGGGACUGCUGUCGACUACUGCUGCUGCUGCUCAUGCUGUGGGCCCCGCUGUGGCUGACACAGGCCAGCGGCAGCAGCAGCUGGGGCUCGUGGGUGGGCCGGGGCCUGCCGCGCACAGCCGAGUCACGCGCUGAGGGAUUUGUGCGCUGCCCGACGCUGUGCGUCUGCCAGGCGGUGAACCGGGGCAAGCGGAUCACCUGCGACCUCGGCGGCAUGCACUCGAUACCGACUCAGCACAUGGACAAGGACAUCCGGGUGCUGCAGAUCACGGCACCUCCGGAGCACCCCAACGAGCUCAUCAUCGGCAGGAUAUUCCUCCAGUUCACUGCGCUCGAAGAGGUGCGGAUCACGCGCUCUAACGUGCCAGCCAUUGGUGACAGCUCUUUCUGGCCAGGAAAGAGAUUACAAAUACUCGACUUGAGCCACAACAACAUCAGCAUCCUUCGCGACUCCGACUUCCGCGGCCUCUCCGAGCUGCGGUUACUCAACCUGAGCCACAACCACAUAGCGCGGGCGCCUUCGGCGCCCUUCCGCUUCCUGUCUAAUUUGACGAGCCUGAUCCUGUCGGAGAACAAGCUGGAGGCGCUGGCGCCUCGCUUCCUUUACCUACUGCCGAGGCUGCAGAGGCUUGACCUUAGCGGGAACCCUCUGAAGAGCCUCGACCCGGACCACCUGAAGGACGUACGGCCGUUGCGGGUGCUGGGCCUGGCCCGCUGCCAACUCACCAGGCUCCACUCGCUCAUCUACCAGCACCUGUCGAACCUGGAGUCCCUUGACCUGCAGGACAACCAGCUGAGCAAGUUGGCGCCCGAAGAGUUUCGCCACCUGCGCAAGCUGCGGGUGCUCAAGCUGGACGGCAACCGGCUCGAGAAGAUACCCGAGCGGGUGCUGGACGGCCACUCGCUCAGCCAGCUGGGCUUGUCCCGCAACCAGUUGUCGUCGCUAGACCCAUGCGCCUUCUGCAACGCGUCCGUCGAGGAGCUGGACAUGUCGCGCAACAGGCUGCAGUCGGGCGAGGGCGACCCACUGCGCCCCCUAGCAUCGUCACUGGACCGGCUGGACCUGAGCUGGAACCCGCUGUCCGGUGACGCCGCUGCCGCGCUGGUGCGCUCCCUCAGGCGCCUCAGCGUGCUUCGCCUCGAGGGCCUUGGGCUCCAGAACCUGCCCUCAGAGGCAUUCAGCGGGGUGCGCACCCUGCGGGAGCUGGGGCUGCGACACAACCGGUUCAGCAGCCUUCCGCCAGGCCUCCUGACGCCCCUCAAGUCGCUCGAGAGCCUCGACCUGGCCUUCAACCGGAUGCGAGGCGUGGCACCCGAAGCGGUGCGCGAGCUCGACUCGCUGCCCGCGCUGUCGCGGUUUACGGCACACGACAACCCGUGGCAGUGCAAGGAGUGCCAGGUGAUGGAGCUGUCCCGUUGGCUUGCCGAGCGGCCGCUCGACUGUGGCGGACCCUGCCCCGCGUGCGCCGGUCCGUCCAACCUGGCCGGACAAUCUCUCGCCUUUCUGCCCGUCCAUGAUCUGGAGCCGUGCCGGGAGCCGCUCGUCCAGCGGCGGCUCUCGCGGGCCGAGUCCCAGGUGGGCCUCAUCGUGGCCAUCAUCAUCAUCAUGCUGCUGGUGACGGUCAUUGUGGCCACGGUGGUGAUCUACAGGCGCCAGGGCGCCGUCUAUUACACGCACGAAGACGACCGGCGCAUGUCCUGCACCGACGUGAAGCGGCCCUCGAUCGUGGCCACGCCGCCAACCGACGACAUCAAGGACUGCGCCAAAAUUGCCGCCUGCUGAACGCGCAUCGGAACGGCGCGCGAUCGUGCCCUUUGUGAUAGCCAGCCGCGCUAGCGUCCAGGAACGUGCGCAGGAAGCACGGGCUGUGUCCCCCUAAGUCAGCAACCGCCGGCGGUUUCAUCCUGCCCGCCCACUCUGGUGAACUGGCUACACCUGCCUCCCGGACAAUGCGGGAGCUUGCGGCUCCAUGCUUCAGACGUGCUUGUAUACACGUACCAGCACCAGGUGGCCAAUGCGUAUUACAGGAAACGUGGCCGAGGUGCGCGAGCCGCUUGCAAUAUGAGAACCCUUUUUUUCCGCUGAGAGUGCAUGCAGGCGGCGGUCGUGCCAGACAUCAUCUUGUCCUCACCCGCCACAUAGUCAGCCCGUGUCGUAUAGUCCACUGACCCUGCGACCGGGACGGGUGUUAUUGGUUCCUCGACAUAUAUACAUAUGUAUAGUCGUGCGUUGUCGCUAUAUGCGACGUUCCGCACACCUCUUGGCGUCAAGUCAGGGUAGGCAGAUGAGAGGACGUUCAUUUCAGGACUGCUGUGUGAAAUGACGCCCGUGCAAAGACUGCUAGCGCCAGUGUGCUUCAAAGGUGUUUUUGAUAUUACUCCAGGAGCAAGAGGUUGGCCGUUGUGUUACAAGGACGCAGCUUGUGUUUGUGUGUCGAAAUUUUGUGUAGGUUUGUUGUGUUGUUUUAGAGCCAUAAAUGUGCCGUUAAUUUGUUCAAAUAUUUGCUUUGCAUAUUAAUGGUGUGUAAGAUUUCAUUAUCUCAAUUUUAUCUCUCACAUAAGCGUUUCUGUCCUAAGUACAACAGGCUUUUAUGCUUUGCAAUGACCAUUUAAGGUGUGUUCUUGUGCUUUUGUGUUGUGUAAGGCUGCAUCGUAGACAAUUUCUCCGAAUAUAAAAAAAACUAGUUAUAGGACUAAUUUGAUUAGAUAAGAACAAUGACAUUUUUCGCUAUGACUGGAUGAUAUACGUACCAACUAAUCACAUCAAAAGCAUGAAAUCAGCAUUAUGCGUUUUUGAGACGUGUGCGUAAUUUCGACGCUUCAUCAACGUCAAAUUCCACGUUUGAUUUUGUUCGUGCAAUCGCACCAUAGUGCACUUUUUAUUUACCUUUCGGCCGUAGCAGCGAUUUUUGGGCAAACUGCACCAGUCAAAGUCGAAAUAGGAACAACCAAAUCAGCCAUGUAUACUGCACACCAUGCACCGCUUAUGUGGCGGGAAAUUGACGACACGGAGCGGCUACCACGUUAUUUAGCGAGAUAAUUCUGUAAUUAGGACGCUGUCGUUCUUUCAGUCAACUGUAAGCACUUUGUGCUUCAUGGCCCACACAGAAGUUACGUCCAUUAUUAACACGGGAGACCAGUAGACGCAGAUCAAUGCAAUAAAAAAAAAAUUAUAUGGAAGCCCGUCUCCAAAAUAAAUUUUCUGUGAAUGUCACGCGGUGCCCUCACCUUACCACACCCGCAAUGUCGUGUACAGUAACUGUAAUUCAAAGCCGAGUCUAGAGCACAGAAACGUUACAGCGUUGAAUUCGCGUUGCCAUUCCGCGGCACUUCCCUUUAUGGCCCGAAAAGAGGGAUGGAAACUUGCGCACACGACUUGUUUAUAAUGAUGCCACAGCGCUGUCUGUUAGAUGUCCUGCUCAUUCGCCAAAAGCACGCUGCUAUACAGUGUCGCCGAAAGGGGAAAAUGUUCAUUCGACGAAAGUUCAAGACCCUUGGCAGAGUUAAGAGCUUUCACCACUUGGCGUAACGAAAUAAAGCAUUAUCGUCAUAAUUAUGCAAUCAGUUCGCGCGUGUGGCAGUUUGUCCGUGCACGGCUUGGCAACUUUCCAUUGAGAGAGCCCGAUACGCAAGCGUGAUCGUGAGCAGAGCCACGUCGGGUAGGCCAAGUGGCUGAUGUUUCGUAUCACGCGAAAGUAUUACUUGACUGGCUGUAUUUUCGACUAAUCUCGAGGUCAGCUAAAAAAAAAAAAAAAAAAACGCACGACGUCGUGAUGAGUGCAGCACCACCCGCUUUUGGUGUCCGCAAUUCCUAAACAUUGGCCCGCGCACAGACCAAGCUGCAAAUGUCCACACAAGAUGACAGCGUGAAUGUAUCUUGCGUAUCUCUCGUAUACAAGUACACAUCCUGUGGAAACUAAAGCGUUGAUGCCGUCUGUUUUAUUGCGGGUAUUGGGCCCUGGCUUAUACAAAAUCAGUGGGAUAAAUGGACGAUCUAGGAAGUCAGAAAAUAUGAAUCACAGUCACAUAUAGAGCUUUACACGACUGAUUUUCUUUCCCUUGUGCUACUUUCCGUUGCUGUGUAAGUUUUAACAGAACGAUUUGUUUACCAACAAUCGUCUUGGUCCUCGUCACGAAAGUAUAGGAAUCAUUACAUUCGUUAGUCCUUGAACAUGGAAGCGAAAAACAUUUAAUCUGGUGCCAUGCUGCCCGUACACAUAUGUUUACCACCACUUGCACGAGUGUCUGACAAAAACAAGCAAACUCUUGGUCGCACUGACUCCCCUAUCACAAACGAAAGGAGCGGCCAUCUUCGCUGUUAUAUAAGGAAACACGUAACGAAGCCUCAAUUCACAACAGCAUGGAACGUUAUACGUAAUUCAAAGUCUUUUUGGCGUGACGUCGACCAGCGUCAUCGCAUAUAUAUCACGUAUUAUGGUGACUGAAGAACUGUAACAGCGGUUGAAACGGAUUCCGUUAAUUACGCGGCCUAAGGGGUUCCGACAUGAAAUUUAUUGCGGCCGUCGGUGCCGCGUUGCGCGAAACGGGUGCACCUACGGCAGUCGACACCGCGCUGGAUCUGUGUGUUUGAAGGCUUCCACUAGGAUGUCGCGGCCUUCAGGGUAAACUCAGAUACACUUGCGGCUAAACUUCUGACCUCCUUUAAGUGCUAUGGAAUAUGUCUUAAUUAAGCUUCCUCAAGAAAACGUACAUCCGCACUAUCAUGACAAAGUUAAAGCACAGGUUUUAGACAAAACAAAACUGUAAUGUUGACACACAACAUAGUGAGUUCAAAUAUUUCGGUGUUCUCUUAAAGCACUGGUCUUUCGACCUACCGCUCCAUCAGAAAGCUUUAAGAACGGAUUGAUUUGCAGCUAUAUAGUUUACUAAAGCACUUGCAGUGGUCCUCCGAAGCUUUCUUGUCUCCACAGUGAGUCUUUUUUGCGUUCAUCAGCGUUUAUAAUAUUGGACUCAAAAAAAAAAAAAAUAAAGCAUUAAUUGUACAGUUGAAACGCAAACGGUGUAUAUCCACUAGCGAUCGGGAUAUUAAGUACAUGACCUCUAAAGAGAUAAUAAAACCCAAAUUUUUCGUGGAAGUCUAGAACUCGUGCAAUGUAAGAGAAAGAGAUGUGAGAAACGUAGAUUAAGCGCUCCCUCAAACACUCCCACAAACAACGAGUGUCCCUCAGCCAAACAUGUUACUUGCCUAUAGGUUGUCCCCUUUUCUGGAAGUAUUAAUGGUCAGUUAGCCAUAAUUGAGUAUGAUAGGCUAUAAAUGGUCAUCAGUGUCCAAGACGAGGUACCAUUUUCCAUUUCUUUCGCACAUGCGGUGCGCAGUUGUUACAAACGCAUGCAGUUGACCAACGAGAGUCGAUGUUGAUCUACAAAAGUGCACGAAAUUGUGGGAUAAAAACGUGACUUUGACGCAAAAAAGUUGCAUAGAGCAGCUCCUUCCGCCUUACGGUAUCUGGUGAAACCAUGCAGUAGUCAUCGUCAUUUUUCCAUUCAUCAGCGAUACCAUGAAGACUCAGAAGAUUUAGUCUUAUCGUAAUGAUGAUUCAGUCGUCUAGUUAGCAGUAAUGGAGUCAUCAUCAUUGUGGUCAUUCAGUCAUGAUCAGCAUUUAAACUCAUCACGAGUAUUUCAGUAAUCAUCAGCCGUUAUCCAGAUAAUAGUCAUCAGUGCUCACCACUGAAACAGGCUCCUGCCACCUGUAUACUGUCAGCGUCAGGAGGCCGGAGAAAUUGCGCGCUUCUGUUCGUGUGUUGUGUUCAUUUUGCUUAACUGAAAGGGGGGUGGGGGAGAGAAAAUAUGAGUAAAUAUAACCGAAUCCUAACUGCAUUAGUGCUGCUAUAUGCUACCGUGAAAACGCUGACCAUGUACAGACCCAGCCACACGGUGGAAGACACGCAAGAGAUAGCACUGAAAAGCGGCCAUCUGGCGGUUUCUGCGGAGUGUCUGUCCCAGUUUCAUUGAAUUAAUAAACACCUCCUCGAUUCAAUAACUACCUGUCCGGUUGAGUAAUAGAAGAAAGACAGAGAGAAAGGGACAGGCGGCGAUUAGAGCGGAUAAUAUAUAUAGUGUGUCCAGCGUGGUGGAAAAUUAAAGGAACAUAGAUAGUUUGUCAAAAAUAUACAGGUAACCGCGAGCGUAAAUGAAUAUUUUUUGGGAGGCAGUAUGGCGGAGCAUCAUGCUGUUGUCGGUUGCUCCGAAAUCCUGGAACCUGGGGUCGAGACUCGAGAGUUGUCACCCUCGAGAGGUUUAGAGCGCUAUGGCACAAUGCGGAUAUGACAUGCGCUGCCCGGAACCGGCUUUGGUCACGCGUUCCUGACCUUGCUCGUUUUACAUUGCACAAAAUACGUUCAGUCGGGGACAAAAGUUUGUGUCGUCCAUAAAUGGCUGCUGAAAAAAAAAAACUCCAACUUCGUCGUGCUCAAGACGCAAAAACCCGACUGGUGCGGACCCCUGCACAAACUUUGUUGUGGACUUCUCAUAGCUGAACUGCACGUGCAGAUCGCCAAGAAAUUAAAACUAUUUCACUUAUCCUGUGGUGAACAAAUCUUUGUCCCUGACUCUACAGAGGCAGAAAGAACUACGCAGAAGGCACUACAGAAUUGCUAUGUGCGGAAGCCAAUGUACGCGGGCCACUCACAGUUGGGUGUCGGCCGUCCUUGCGUGUCUUCGGCCAAUGGCACAUAAUACGCAGCAGUGAUGUUAAUAUGAUGCAUCUCGAUUAUGCUAUAGCGUAUAUUAUAUGAUCAUAACACCUGUACAGAUUAUAGCGUAAUGCCCAUGCAUACGCCCGGCGCGCAAGCUCGCUGGUGGGAGCUGCAGCUAAACUGGUCGACAUUUGCCGCCAUUUUCGUUGAGAGACUAUGUGAUCUCAACACACCUAUUCUGAGCCGCCAAUUCGAGACGUCUUUCGCAAGUAAAGUCUGUUUUGUCGCCCUCCUGUGGCUAAGUUCUAAGAAACUGGACAGCACCUUGGUCACAGCGCGCCGGGCAGUCAGAGGCUACGCGGGAAACUUUUGUACAGACACAAAAAUGGAUAGCCAAACUUCGGCGGUGUACAUCUUGUAUUAUGAUGCGCGCUGAACAGAACGCAUCGGAAACUCCAAAGCUUUUUACUUCGCUGAUGCCAUUGCCCACACAAUCCAUGACAUUUGUUUGUUCCAUCUCCUCUGUGCUAGAGAUUUAUUUUUAGAAUAUGUACGCACACAGAGCGAUAAAAGUCAACAUGUAGUCUCCAGAGGCUAUGAAAAUGCUGAAAAAUAAAAUAGAUUUUUGAGCUGUU